AAUGUUUUUUAGCUGGAAGAGUCACUUGUUCUUGUCACUUGACGUAUGCUGUACUUCAGUUCCAUCUCCACAACUCCAACUUCAUUUCCGAUAAACAUCUCAGACCAUUUUGGAUUCCCACUAUUCCUUACUAUAUAUUCUUUAUACUUCUAUAUUUGCCUCCUGUCUCUGGUGAUUACUUUUUCUUUCUCUCACUAUUCUUAUUAUUUAUCAGCUCGAAUCUCCAUUUCCAAUUGAUUCCCAUUGAGCUCGUGUAUUGAGAUGCUACAAAGCAAGCUCGUAUUUUAUCUUCGGUAUCUUUUCAAUUGCUCCUUCGAGAAUUACGACUUUAGCUCUGUACCUGAAUCAUUUCCUUAUACUCCAUCGGAUAUGAACUUCCAGAUUAAUAGGAAUGAAGCUUAAUCGCAACAGAAGAAGGACCACCUUGCAGUACGUUUGACGCGCAAUUACUGGGCAUCAGGAAGAUGAGACUGAAAUAUUGGGAAUGGAUUUAUGCGUUGUCGUUUUGUUGCUUCCAGUUCCAGCUAAUUGCAGUUGCACAAAUUACCGAUCCCGCUGAAGUGUCAGCGCUAAUGGCUAUCAAGAGUAACUUAGUUGAUCCCUUAAAGCAUCUUAAGAAUUGGAACAAAGGGGAUCCUUGUGUAUCCAACUGGACGGGAGUGUUGUGCUUUGAUGCCGUGAGAACUGAUGGUUACUUACAUGUCCGAGAGCUCCAGCUACUAAAUAUGAACCUGUCUGGAACUUUAGCACCCGAGCUUGGCCAGUUCUCUCAACUUGAAAUAUUAGAUUUCAUGUGGAAUGACUUGAGGGGCAGCAUACCAAAGGAGAUUGGAAAUAUUGCAUCUUUGAAACUCAUCCUCUUGAAUGGAAAUAAUUUAUCAGGUCCUUUACCUGCAGAGCUUGGGUAUCUAUCCAAUUUGAAUAGACUCCAAAUAGAUCAGAACAACAUAUCGGGAACAAUACCGGAGUCAUUUUCAAAUUUGAACAGUGUUAGACAUAUCCACUUGAACAAUAACUCUCUUAGUGGUCAAAUUCCUCCUCAACUUUCCAACCUAUCCACUCUUCUUCACAUGCUGUUGGACAAUAACAACUUAACUGGAUAUCUUCCACCAGAGUUCUCCAACUUUCCAGAGUUACGUAUACUUCAACUUGAUAACAACAAUUUCAGUGGGGCUGAAAUUCCAACAUCUUAUGGAAGCCUAUCGGCACUAGUGAAGUUAAGUCUAAGAAAUUGCAGCUUGGAAGGAGCUGUUCCUGAUCUCAGCGGGAUAGCAAACCUUAGCUAUUUAGAUCUCAGUCAGAAUCAGCUCUCAGGAUACAUACCGUCAAAUCCACUUUCUCCAAGUAUGACAACAAUUGAACUGUCAAAUAACCAACUUAAUGGAUCGAUCCCAGAUAGUUACUCAGAUCUCCCUUCUCUGCAGAAAUUGUCACUCAAAAAUAACAAUUUGACUGGUUCUGUUGCUGCUAAAAUUUGGCAGAACAAGUCCUUCGGUGCAAAGGCUCAACUUUUACUUGAUCUUCAGAACAAUUCACUUUCAAACAUUACAGGAAAUCUCAAUCCUCUGGAAAAUGUUAUCCUCAGGCUGCAAGGCAAUCCUAUCUGCAGCACUUCAAAUAUAAGAAACAAAGACCAAAUCUGUGGACCUGAAGCUGGAGGGGACGAUAUUGCUCAAAAGUCAACAAAUUCAACCAUGAUUUGUCCUAUUCAUGCAUGUCCUAUUGAUAAUAACUUUGAAUAUGUCCCAGCAUCUCCACUGCCAUGCUUUUGUGCAUCACCCCUUAGGAUUGGGUAUCGGCUGAAGAGUCCAAGUUUCUCUUAUUUCGCCCCAUAUGUAUAUCAAUUUGAGAUGUACUUGACACGUUCUCUUAACUUGGACCUUUAUCAACUUUCCAUUGAAUCCUUUGUCUGGGAAAAAGGACCUCGUCUUGGAAUGUAUUUGAAGCUUUUCCCUCUGGAAAGGAAUCUUCACUCAAGUAUAUUCAACACAACUGAGAUUAUAAGAAUUAGAGACAUAUUCACAUCUUGGAAAUUUCCUGGAAGUGACUUGUUUGGCCCUUAUGAGCUUCUCAACUUCACUCUUGGACCCUACUCAUUUGUGAACCACGAGACUCAAGUGAAAAACAUAAGUAAGGGGAUUUUAAUAGCUAUUGUCUUACCAGCCAUUGCCGUUGCUGCUACUAUAUCUGCAUUACUCACAUUGUUUAUUGCUAGAAGAAAGGCUAGGAACCGGCAUACCCUUUCAAGAAAGCAUUUUUCCUCAAAGUUGUAUAUAAAAAUUGAUGGUGUUAAAAGCUUCAGUUUUAGAGAAAUGGAGUUGGCAACUGACCAUUUUGAUAGCUCAACUCAAGUUGGCCAAGGAGGUUAUGGGAACGUUUAUAGAGGAAUUUUAGCUGAUGACACAAUUGUCGCCAUAAAAAGGGCAAAAGAAGGAUCUUUGCAGGGCCAGAAGGAAUUCUUGACAGAGAUAGAAAUGUUGUCAAGGUUACAUCAUCGAAAUCUAGUUUCAUUGGUUGGAUACUGUGAUGAAGAAGGCGAGCAGAUGCUGGUUUAUGAGUUCAUGACUAAUGGCAGCUUGCAAGACUGGCUUUCUGCUAAAUCAAAGGGAACACUGAAUUUUGGCGUGAGGUUGCAAGUUGCAUUGGGUUCAGCAAAGGGAAUCCUUUAUCUCCACACUGAAGUUCAUCCCCCAAUAUUCCACCGAGAUAUCAAGGCCAGCAACAUAUUGCUGGACUCUAAACUUACUGCUAAAGUCUCCGAUUUUGGUCUUUCGCAGCUUGCACCAGUUAUGGAUGAUGAAGGGACUGAACCUGUUAAUGUAUCCACAAUUGUGAAGGGAACACCAGGUUACCUUGAUCCUGAAUACCUCUUGACCCGUAAAGUGACAGACAAAAGUGAUGUUUAUAGCCUUGGUGUUGUAUUUCUGGAGAUCUUGACUGGAAUGCGACCAAUAUCACAUGGAAAAAACAUUGUCCGAGAGGUGAAUUUGGCUCAUGAAUCAGGCACGAUGUUCGCGGUUAUAGACAGCAGAAUGGGUUCCUACCCUUCAGAAUGCGUGGAGAGGUUUGUAGCUUUGGCACUCAGGUGCUGCCAGGACAAGCCAGAACAACGGCCUUCAAUGUUGGAUGUGGUGAGGGAGCUGGAAAACAUUCUCCGAAUGAUGCCAGAAACCGGCCUAGACUUGUCAGUAUCUGAAUCCAGUUAUUUUGGUGAAUCAACUCCCUCAUCUUCGCUGGCCUUUGUAAGCAGGGAUCCGGUUUCGUCUUCAAAUAUGUUGGGGAGUGAUCUAGUCAGUGGUUCCAUUCCCUCCAUAAUACCUCGCUGACAUCCUGGAAUUAGAAACCCUUGUAAUUUGAUGUACAGUGCUAAAAGAUGGUGUAAAAAUUGAUGUGCUUCCUAGAAUUGUUGUUCUUUAUAUGAUCUAAAUUGUAUAUACGCUUGGAAAGAUAAAAGCUGAUCCUUGUACGUACCAUUCAGUGGGCUUAUGGUUCUACUAGUUGAGAUUCGUGCA